CAUAAUCGAUUCAUAAUUAUUAUUUUCAUUUUGUAAUUGGAAGAGGGGGAUUUGGAAAAGUUUGGAAAGUAGAAAGUAAAAAAUCAAAACAUUUGUUUGCUUUAAAAGAAAUGUCAAAAGCGAAAGUUAUAUCUAAAAGAAGUGUAUAAUCUGUUAUGAAUGAAAAAUAACUUCUCUCCUCUUUAAGACAUGAUUUCAUUAUAAAUAUGAAUGUAGCAUUUUAAGAUAAAUAUAAUUUAUAUUUAGUUAUGGAUUUAUUAACUGGGGGAGAUUUAAGAUUCCAUAUAUCAAGAAAAAGAAAAUUUAAUGAAAAUUAAACAAAGUUUUUUUCAGCUUGUAUAAUUAUUGGUUUAGAAUAUCUUCAUUAAAACGGUAUUAUUCAUAGAGAUAUAAAACCUGAAAAUUUAGUUUUUGAUAGUAGAGGUUACCUUAGAAUUACUGAUUUAGGAAUAGCAAGGAUAUGGAAACCUGAUAAUAGUAGUGACACAUCUGGAACUCCAGGCUAUAUGGCUCCUGAGGUAAUGUGCAGAUAAAAUCAUGGUGUUUCAGUAGAUUAUUAUGCAUUAGGAGUUAUUGUCUAUGAAUGUAUGAUUGGAAGAAGGCCUUAUGUAGGAAAAACAAGAUAAGAAAUAAGAGAUUAAAUACUAGCGAAAUAGGUUUAAAUCAAGAAAAAUGAAGUUCCUGAUAAAUGGUCUCUUGAAGCAGCAGAUUUUGCAAACAAAUUAAUUCAGAGAAAGCCAGCAAACAGAUUAGGUUUAAAUGGACCAGAAGAUGUAAAAAAUCAUGCUUGGUUUAAGAAUUUUCAUUGGGAUUAAUUAAUAAAUAAGCAAUUUGAAUCUCCAUACAUACCUAAUGCUAACGAAGACAAUUUUCAUUCAAAUAUUGAUAGAAAAGAUAGUGACUAAGAAUUAGACUAAUAAAAUGAAAUAAUGCUUAGAAGAAAUUCAGUAUAAAUUCAAAAAUAAAUUAAAAUAAUCCAAGUAGUAUACAUAUGA